UGCUCUUAUAACUAUGACAACGAGUGGCGUCCAGUAUGGCUCCGUGAGCUGAAAGAUUUGAUUUACCUUAUUCGCACCUGCUACAAUGUUCUAGUGUCUGUUAUUUCUCAUUUGUCAGAUUGUUCAAAGAGCAAUGUCGCUCUUUAAAGUGCGUGACUGGUGGUCAACCAAAGUUGGUGUGGAGGAGGAAUUUGACCAGGGAUGUCUCUGUGUAGCUAACAUCAUCAAUGGCGAACAACAAGAUCAAAUCAUUACUGGGAGUUUCCAAGGAAUGCUCCGGAUCUACAACCCACAACCUACCAAAACCGAUCAUGGAUGGAGUGGUUUCAGUCCACAGCACCUUCUCCUCGAGACACCAUUUCAGCUUCCCAUUCUACAGAUUUCUGCCGGCCAAUUUGUGUCCGGCACCGACAAAUUAUACCUGGCUAUUCUCCACCCACAGAAAUUAAGUGUUUAUGGCGUCACAGCUGUGACCGGUCAUGUGGAACAAGGUAGCCAUUAUCAGCUUUAUCACAUGUAUGAACACAACCUGCAGCGAUCUGUCUACAACUUCUGCUACGGACCGUUUGGAAAUGUCUAUGGUAAAGACUUCAUCUGCGUCCAGUCCCUCGAUGGUACAGUGUCUGUGUUUGAACAGGAGAGCUAUGCAUUCACUCGCUUCCUUCCGGCAGCCUUCAUUCCGGGCCCCAUGAAGUACGUCCCCAGCACCGACUCGCUGGUCACCGUGUCUUCGAGUCGUUUGGUCGAAUGCUACAAAUACCAAGUUCUUGCAGUGGCAACGGAUUCUAAAACCAAAGAAGAAUCACAGAAUAUAAAACAGGGCAAGCGUGUAACGCCGCACUGGGUAUAUGGCAUUGAAGAAAAUGCAUUGGACAUCACAACAAUCACAUACUGUGCCCAGGAAACAUUGUGUUUCAUUUUGGUUCUUGGUGAGCGUAACAUAUAUUUGUUGACUGAGAAUGGUUGUUUGCAUUUCAUGAAAAAACUGGAAUAUGAUGUAAGCUGUUUCUGUUCCUAUGUGUCAAACUCAGUGAAGUAUCUUGUGGCUACUCAUGCAGCAUCUUUAUUGGUCUAUCAAGACGUGGAGCUCUUGUGGGCAGCCAAAAUGGACCACACCCCAGUUCAUAUCUGUACAGGCACCUUUCAGGGCAUCAAGGGUUUAGUUGUUAGCCUGACAGAGAAUGGUUACCUGCAAGUCUCCUACCUGGGUAGUGACCCAGACCUGUUCACUCCUCCGAUGGUUGAUUCUCGUGACGUCCGGUAUGACGACAUCGACAAAGAAAUCACCUCCUUGAACAAGAAGAUCCGUCAGUUAUCUCACAAGGCUGACGUAUUAAUCCCACACCCAAAGGAAUCGGAAGAACUGACUGUCAAUGCUGAUCUCCUUCCUGAACUACAGACCAGAAUAAUUGGCAAUUAUUCUGAAUAUGAGACUGAACAUGAAGUGUCCUGUGUCUCGUUAAAGAUUGUGUUCAAAAGCAAAACUGUUCUGGAGAAUGUAAACUGCCAGAUCUGUCUUGGAAACCACAUAACGGCUGAGAAACCAGAAUUCCACCUCAACAAACUGGAGCCGAAUCGACCCCAUGAAACCAUUAUGUGUGUGUAUCCUUCUUCAUUAGACAUGCCGACCAGCCUAGCUGUCCAAGUUUGCACCAGUUACCUGCGACCAUCUUCAGGAAGCAGUCGACGAGUGGUGACUGAUCUGAGACUCCCACUUCGUUUAGUCGUGAAGCCAGCAGUUCCAAUGAAGAAUGCAAACUACAAGAUUACCAUUGACUCAAACAAAGCAUCUUUGAAUUUAAACAAGAUUUUCCCAGAUCUAACAGAUCCUAGUGGUUCAGGUUCCAAUUCAGUUGUGGGUUGUGAGUACCUCAAUGGGACGAUCGUUACAAUACUUGCUUCAAAGUCAGAUCGUUACCGGAUCCAGUGUGAUAGAUUUGAAGCAAUGUACAUUUUGUGUGAGGAAUUGGUGCGGAGGCUGAGGAAGAACUUUGAGCAUGAGAGACACAGUGAUUUCAAGUUGGGAUUCAGCAGCAGUCUUCCUCUCCCGGAAUAUUUUGAACUGAUCAACACACAUUUAGAGCAUCGUCAAGAAGUGGAACGUUGUAAAGAGGAGCUGGCAACGAAGGCGGCGCAGUUCCGUGCCAUUCAGAGGCGUCUCUUAAUUAAAUACAAGGACAAGUCACCUUUGCAUCUUGUUGGGUUGGACAUCCUUCUGGAAGAAACUUACCAUCAGAUCCUUCUUCUGUCUGAAAUGAUCGAAGGGAACCAGCGGGAGCUAGAAUUGGCCUCUGACCAUCUCAGCAGUGGAACGUCUCUCUUAAAUCUCCUCAUCCGUCUUUGGUACCCGGGCCACAUGACUGACCAGGAGUUUGCUGUUCUCAACACAGUUCUCUCUCCCAUCAUCAAUAACAACAACCAUCAGGGUUGGGAGGAGAAUGUCGACGCUGCCAUCACCCACAUGCUGCGGACUGUGCUGGCAAAGAACACCAAAGACACUACGAUCAACCCUCCGCCGUUCAGCCUCCCUUCUGAUUCCUCCAAAGUCUGUAAACAUAUCACUACAUUCUGUGAGAAACUGGGGAAAGGAAUAAAGCUGGUUCCAACCGCUCCUGAUCAAAAACAACCAGCAGCCUUCCCAUCAUCCCCUUCUCCCAAAGAACCAGAAGUCGAAGACACUGACAGCCUAGUGGCUCAAAUGGAUCACAUGACCCUUGAUGAAGACCAAUAGCAGCAUCAUCACUAUCAGCAUCAUCAGGAGAGACUUGCAGUGACAUGGUGACUCUCACCUCCUGGAGGAGAGGCAGUCACUUUACGUCAUAAACACCUGAUGAUUUUUCUCUACAGUCUUGUUGUUGUUGUUGUUUAACCCUAGGUCAGUCCUGAUUGAGGAAACCUAUAAUCAGAGGCAUUCCAGCCAUGGCCAUUCAGUUUAUUUUUUUGUUUUCUUUUUGAUUUUUUUAAGGUUAUUUUAUUGGAUUAUUUCAUCUAAUGUGUCCUUUCUUUUUAAAUUAGUAAGGCAUGGCUUGAGGGGGAUUUGACUUCUCUUUCUGGCAGGUUGGGCAACCACCUAUAGACUUGUUGGAUUUGUGUACGUUUUGAGGGACAGUGGUGUGUGAAUGUGUUUUCCUGUGUUGCUCUAGUUAGGCUCUGCACAUGCAGAACUGACUGGGACAGCUUAGCCACCAUCACCACCACCACCACCACCAUCAUCACCAUCAUCACCCAGCAGCAAUCAUCACCCCUUCCCCCCACAACCACCAUCAGCACCCCCACAGACACCAUUACCACCACCACCACCACUUCCACCCCCUCCACUACAAUCACUUCCAUCACCACUACCACUGCUGUUACCACAACCACCGCCUCCAUCCCUCUCCACCACCAUCACUUCCAUCACCACCACCACCACCACCACAACAACAACAACUUAUAAUCAUUAGCACAGUUGUCACACCUCAUCACCCAUAAGGAUACCUCUACACAAUAGCUUGAUCUGCUAGAAACAGCAGUCCAGUUUCCUCCUCUGAUCAUUUUCUACUUUAAAAAGGGAUGGACACAUUACACAUUGUACAAGGUAAUGCCAAACACACCAUACCAAAGACGGGACCAUCUUAGAUCCUGAAUCUCCUCAAUCAGGUAUGGUUGACCCAGGGUUAAACAACAGCAAUGGAAACUUCCAAAUGUGGCCCUCACUGACAAAAUAGACCGCGGGAAAGUCAUGAGGGUAAACUUUGACCCUCAUCUCACCCCGGCAGUUUUUUUUUUGUUUUACUUGGGACUUUGGGUCAGAGCUGACACAAGCCUGUCCCUGCUCCCUGUGUAGAUAUGUUGAAGUAAGAAUUUGUAGAUCCGUCCAACACUGUAUAACAUCAGAUAAAGAGUAAAUGAAAUAAACACAGACAUUAAACAACACACACACAUGCAAACACAAGGACUCACACAUACACGCAUGCAAGCAUUCAUGUACACUCAUACCCAUACAAGAUGAGCAAGCGCUCAUGUGUACGUACACACACACACACACACACAAGCACUUAUACUCACAUACACUCGCACUUACACCCAUACUACAACACUCUGCUGCACUCAUAGCAAACUUCACUCACACCCCAUGCACUUGAUGCACUUCACUCAUACUCAACACACCUCACUUAUGCAUCACAUACUCAAUACUCCACUCACACACGCACACUUGAUACGCUUCACUCACUCAACAUACUUCAUAAACACACACACACACAUAAUAUACAACACACACACAAAUACCAGACAUCACACACCUCAAACACAACACACUUCACUCAUACACACAUACACACACACACACAAACAUUCAGUGCACACUUACUUGAUAUACAUCACUUGCGCACAACACACAAACACAAACAACAACAAGAACCACACAUCACAACACAAUCACCCCUUAAAAAAAAACCCAACAAAGGAAAUCUGAGCUCACUAAUAAAUGUCAACACCUAAGUAAACAACCACUGCUUCUAGCGGCCUUUUAUUUGAUUCGGUAUUGACUUGAUGUUAGUGUGUUAAAUGUAUGCAGUCACUGAACCACUUAAUUAAUCAUUUCAUUUGCUACAAAUCACAUUUGAAAUUAAUAAACGUUUAGAUUAAUUAAAUUCAAA